CUCAGGUGAGGGAAGGCGGGAAAAGCAGUUGGGAGGGAGGGGCCACAACGGGAGGAGUAGCCUCUUGCUCCCUUACACUCACCCCCACCCCAUGGCCCCCUAUGGGUAACGGGAAAAGCCCCUGAGCCUCCACUAAUACCAAUUAAAAAAAUGAGGCAUACUCAGAGUAUUUCCCAUGUCCCUCCUGUGGUCACCACUGGGGUGAAGCCAGGGAACAUGAGACCACAUCACAACAGCACAAAGGGCAUUGGAGCGCGUAGCAGGAUGCGAAUCCCUGAGAGAGAGCAUUCCAUAGCAGUGCUGAAAAGCAUGCAGCGACCUCCAUUCCAUCUACAGCGGGAAGAACAAGACGCCUUCUUCCUCCUACUGGAGGAUGACUUGGUACAAGAGUUCUUGUCUAUGGACAUAUGCUACAAGAUUUCAGAUAAGUAUCUUCUAGCCAUGACUCUGACUUACUUCAAACGUGCUGGCCUGCAUAUUAGUGAAUACACACGGAUGAACCUUUUCACUGCUCUGUACUUGGCUAAUGACAUGGAGGAAGAUGAAGAGGAUUACAAGUAUGAGAUCUUUCCCUGGGCCCUUGGUGACAACUGGCGGCAGCUGUUCCCACAGUUCUUAAAACUGAGGGAUGGCUUCUGGGCUAAAAUGAACUACCGAGCAGUGGUCAGCCGGCGCUGUUGUGAUGAGAUAAUGUCAAAGGAGCCAUCCCAUUGGGCUUGGUCACGUGAACGACCCCUUCAUCACAGUGGAGCACUCAGAAGCUACCUGAAGAAUGAAAAGGACUCACUUCCCCGAGGACCUGGUGUUACACCCCCAAGCUGCCCCCUCUGCACUUGUGAGCUGACUGAAGAGGAAGGCAGCCCAGAAGAUGCUCCAAGUGCCAGUAUUACUUCUGAUGGUGACCUAUUGCCAUUCACUAACAAGUGGUCCCAGAACUUUAUUAUACUCCCUCAGAAAAUAAUUCUGGAUCCAGUGGCAACAUAUAGCCUGCAGAUCCUUCAGGAGCCAGGAGUCACUAUGGAGCCUGAUGGAACUGGCAUGGAUUGGCGUUCUGUGGGGUGACUCUCUAUUCCAGGACCAAGAUGUCUCUUCCCAAGGAACUGCAAGUGGCACUGGACUUGUUCUCAUUCUGCUGUUCACAGAACUGUUUUCCCCAUGCACUUUAUGAAUAUAUUCUGGUUGUGAACAGGAAGACAGGACAGUACUUAUGUAUUUAAAAAAAUUACUUGCUGAUGCAGCUAUUCAAAUGUGCCUUAUUUAAUGUGCAAAUCCCAAUGUAAUAGCUGGACAGCCUCUAAUAAAAAUGUCCAGGAAAAAAAGUUUAGUUUCUGUUAAUAGAGAAUCCUGGUAAAUGUAAUGAUUAUCAGGGCAACAAAACUUGAUGAUAUUGAGUGAGCAUAGCAGUGACCUAUGGUGUCAUGGUUGUACUUGCUUAAGGCUUGGGAUGAACACAGAUGUGGAGGAAGGAUUCCUGGAGAAGAAAAUCAGUGUUUAUACAUUGCUAGUGGGUCUGUUUGAGCAGAGCAUCUGAAUCUUUCAGGUCUCAAAGGAAACUCACAAUGGCAGUAAUAUCCACUUGCACCAAAAAGGCUUUAUUGGGGGUGGGGGAGAAGGGAAGAAUGUAAUCAAUACUGGGGCUUCUGUUUUAAGAGCAACUAGUACUGGCUGCUAACACAUGACAACACGCUUUUCUAACCUAGAAUUAUUGCACAAUGUUAUGAGUGUUAGUCACAUUAUCUUGAUCUACUGGGGAUGACCACAAGGGUUAGCAAAUACAACAGAUGCCAUGUCUGUCAGUGCCAUGGUGACUUCACUGACCAAGCUGAAUGCUCUCUGCCAAUGUUCAUCUGGCUCAG